UCCAGGAAAAUAAAUCGAGUAGAGAUCAGCUCAGCCGGAGGAGAGCAGAUCGUGUGUCUGAAGCAAAGAUGUUCCGCAACCAGUACGACAACGACGUGACGGUAUGGAGCCCACAGGGCCGGAUCCAUCAGAUCGAGUAUGCCAUGGAGGCAGUGAAACAAGGCUCUGCAACUGUAGGACUCAAAUCCAAAACCCAUGCAGUCCUGGUGGCUCUGAAGAGAGCUCAGUCUGAACUGGCUGCUCACCAGAAGAAGAUCCUCCAUGUUGACAACCACAUCGGCAUCUCCAUCGCUGGACUGACUGCUGAUGCCAGACUGCUCUGCAACUUCAUGCGUCAGGAGUGCUUGGACUCAAGGUUUGUGUUCGACAGGCCCCUCCCCACAUCUCGUCUCGUCUCUCUUAUUGGCAGCAAAACCCAAAUCCCGACACAGAGAUAUGGAAGGAGGCCGUACGGCGUAGGACUCCUCAUUGCUGGCUAUGAUGACAUGGGACCUCACAUCUUCCAGACGUGCCCGUCAGCCAACUACUUUGACUGUAAAGCCAUGUCCAUCGGCGCGCGCUCUCAGUCUGCACGCACCUACCUGGAGAGGUUCAUGGAGAAGUUCUCUGACUGUAAUCUGAAUGAGCUGGUGCAGCACGGCCUGCGUGCUCUCAGAGAAACUCUUCCCACUGAGCAGGACCUCACCACCAAGAACGUGUCCAUCGGCAUCGUGGGGAAGGACAUGGAGUUUGUCAUCUAUGAUGAUGAUGAUGUUGCUCCGUUCCUGGAGGGACUGGAGGAGAGGCCACAGAGGAAGGUCGCUCAGCCUGCAGAUGAACCUCCCGCCGCCGGAGAGGCGCCUGACGAGCCCAUGGAGCACUGAGACGUUCUGUUAGUUAACUUCCUGUCAUCAGAGGGGGCGGGCACAAACCCAGGCCAACCUGACACUGAACUGUAACUCAGUAAAUAUGAGGGGGGGUGUUGUUGUUGUGACGUGCCACUCGCUGAACUGUCAAUCCAAAAUAUUCUGCAAACAUCAGUGUGAUGUUGCUUUUGUAUGAGCAGUCGACCAUUAUACAACUAAUAAAGUCUUUUUUUGAAUUA